GUUGGGCACGGCGAUGGAUGACUGGGAGAUGGUAGAGCUACCCCGAGGCUCCAGGAGGCGGAUAAUAGACUUUUUCCCAAGCGCCUCAAGCUCAAGUCCUUGCAAAAGUUGCACUGGAGAUCUACCGGAAGUCGGGCUUGUACGACUGGAUUCACUUGAAUUUCAGAUCCCACAACACGCGUAGAUAUUGUGUUCAAGAAAUAGUCCCAAGUUCAAAGCCGGCUC